CAUUUUUUUAAAUGUUAAAAAUAUCUCGGAAAAUUUACACUUGUCAUUCUAGAAUAUAGUCUACUUUUUUGUUAUGUGAUUUAAAAUUCAAAAAUUGAAGCUUUUAAACAUUCCAAAUAUAAGUACUGAUUUAAAAAAUAAAUAAUAAAUAUAUGUGUUUUUUAAUAUUUUAAAAUAAAUCUGUUACUUCUUUUGAAACAAAACAAUAGAAUUUUAUCAAAACAGCCUUAACAACAAAAAACUUUAGUGAGAAAUUUUGUUGUCAUAUCGGAACAAUAGCUUUUAAAAAUUUAAAUUUAAAGGAAAAUGGAAUUGAUUCAUAACUUACCGAAUGGACCACUGGAUGAAUAUCGAAAACGAGCGAGUUUCAAUUGGAAAUCCUUAAAAUUGCAUUUAGAAGGCGAAGAUUUCGUUCAAUCGCAAGAAAAUUUAUGGAACUUUAUAAAAAAUCGUCAAGAAUUUCAGUAUCCAAAAGAAUCAUUAAAUCUCGACGAUACCAGAAAAAGAGCAUAUCGUCAAGUGAUGGCCCUCUCGAAAAUCAAGGACGAUAAAUUUGGAACUUGGGCCCAAUGGCUCAGAUUUUAUGACGCUUCCAUAGGACCAAUUAGAAGAUUAUCACAGGAAGUUGUGCCAGAAGCAAUUCGAGACCUAGGAACAGAACGUCAUCGGAAAUUAAUUUCAAAAUUCAUAGAUGGCACCUUUCUAGGUUGUUUAUGUUUCACGGAAAUAGCGCACGGUUCGAAUCUUAAGGGAUUAAAAACUUCAGCAACUUAUAAUGUGGCGACGGAAAGUUUUAUUUUACACACUCCAAAUUUUGAGGAUGCAAAAUGUUGGUCCGGACUUUUGGGAAAAACAGCGACGCAUGCACUUCUCUACGCUCAAUUAAUUACUCCUGAUGGAAUAAAACACGGUCUUCAUCCAUUUAUUGUUCCGAUUCGAGAUGCAGAAACACGUUUACCGCUGGCGGGAUUAAUUAUCGGCGAUAUGGGCGAAAAAAUUGGUCUCAAUGGUUUGGACAAUGGUUUCAUGUUGUUUAAAAAUUAUUCCCUUCCUCGUGAAUAUCUUCUCAAUAAAAUUGCCGACGUAUCAAAAGAUGGAAUCUAUAGUACAAGUGUAAAAAAACAGGAUAAAAGAUUUGCGAAAUUUUUGUCACCUCUUUCAACUGGACGAGUGGGAAUUACUCUUCACGCGACAAUGUUCUCAAGACUUGCUUUAACAAUUGCCACUCGAUAUUGUGCUGUCAGGAGACAAUUUGGUCCGAACGAAAAAGAAGAAGUGCCUGUAAUUGAGUAUCAAGUUCAGCAAGGUCGUCUAUUUCCUCAUAUUGCCACUCUUUAUGCCUGGACAAUUUUUGGCUAUUAUAUUUUGAGAAUGUCCGAUGUGCAAACAAAGAAAUCGUCACCGGCUGAAAAUGCAGAAAUGCACGCAUUGAUUUCAGCGACAAAACCUCUUUCCACUUGGAGUGCUCAAGCAGCGAUUCAAGAUUGCAGAGAGGCCUGUGGAGGACACGGUUAUUUAAAAGCAUCUCGACUGGGAGAAAUGAGAGACUCAAACGAUCCUUCGGCUACUUACGAGGGAGAAAACACAGUUUUAAUCCAGCAGGCGAGUAAUUGGCUUUUGAAUCAAUGGGACAAUUUUAAACGUGGAAAAGGAAUUUCCACUCCACUUGGAACAGCGGGAUUUAUAAAAACUUCUGUUUACAUUCUUUCACAAAAAUUCCACGCCACUAGCAUCGAGGAAACACUAAAACUCGACAAUCUUCUCAUCAUGCACAAAUGGCUGGUAUGUUACCAUCUCAAAAAAACUUACGAGCAAAUGCAAUUUUUAAGAAAACAAGGAAUGAAUUCUUUUGAAAUUCGCAACAAUUCACAAAUGUUCUUUGCUCGCACUUUGUCUUUGGUUUAUGCCGAGCAUGCGGUGGUGAAAAUUUUCAUGGAUCGAAUCAAUGAUCCUGUUUUCCCCGAAUCGGAACGUUGUGUUUUGAGAAAAUUGUGCGCCUUAUUCUCUGCAUGGUGCCUCGAAAAAAGAAUGUCCGACUUUUAUGCCGGUGGAUUUGCAAAUGCAAAUUCCAAACUCGACGUUUUACUUCGUGAGGGAAUUGUUUCACUCAACAAGGAUUUACUGAGUGAAGUUGUGGCUUUAAUUGACGUUCUUGCGCCUCCAGAUUUCGUUGUCAAUUCUCCCCUUGGAAUGUCGGAUGGCGAGAUUUACAAACAUUUGGAAGAGACCUUUUUCAAGGAUCCGAAAAACUUCGAACGUCCAUCGUGGUGGAUGGAAUUAAAAUCAAACUUAUAAUUGAAUUUCAAAUGAAAGAAAACUUUAUAAAAAGAAUAAAAGUUAAAUAUAAAGUAAAAUAUUAAAGUUAA